AUGGAAGUGAACAUAUCAGCGGACGGAAACGUGACCAGAUUUCCCAACGCGACAGAGAGCACGGUUCUUUUCGUGUCCUUGGUGCUGAUUUGUACCGUGUCCAUUGCGGUCAACUUGGUGGUCAUCUUGACAACUUUACGCACCAAAAGGAUGCGGACGGCUGGUUCCGUGUUUCUUUUGAAUCUGGCAUUCAGUGACUUUCUGGUGGGCAGCUUGGUCGUGCCAGUGAUGCUGGAAGGGAUCCUCCGACUGCAAUGGACUCACGGAAAGAAUAUGUGUAAAGCCAUGGGAUUUUUAGCGAGCGUGUUUCAAACGAGUUCGGCUCUGAGCUCAGCUGUCAUCAGUCUUGACCGUUACUAUGCCAUUAUCCAGUGUCUUCGCUACACCUCCUGGUCAGUCUGGCGGUAUACCUCCGUCUUGCUGCUUUUGGUAUGGGGCAUCGCCAUUGGGACCAGCCUGCCCCCGUUGGUGGGCUGGAAUGGGAUUUGCUAUCAAAAAGCAAGAUUUUCUUGCUUCAUACUAUGGGAGAGCAACGCCAAAUAUACAGUAGUCAUGAUGAUAACUAAUUCCAUCUUGCCGUUGGCAUUGAUGCUUUUCUGCUACUGUAGAAUAAUACUAGUUGCGCGAGAACACGCAAAUAAGAUCAAAGAUGCCAACGGCAAAUCAAUACAGGGUGCCAGCGACUGUCAUAAUGCGAACACCGUGAAUGCUAGCGGCCCUGUAGCAUAUGCUUUCAUGGCCCCGAUCAAGAGGCUGUCGAUGCUGAGUUUCCCCAGCGCCACCAAAAGCUUUGCCGAUCCUUACUCUGAGUAUUUCAACAACAACGCUUUGGAAGAUGGACGCCGUGAAUGUAACUCGUCUCCGCUGAGCAGGCAACUAAAGGCGAUUACGCGGUUGGUUAGUCUGCUUAUUGUGUUUAGUCUGGCCUUUCUUCCCUUCAUGGGAAUAAACACCAAGCUCUCUGUGCACGACUGGAGCGGAGAAGCUGAGCACAGCACAAACCUCGCCGUAACAACCACAACUUGGCUGUCUUUAAUUCCUUGUGCGCUCAAUCCGCUACUGUAUGCUGUGUUUAGCAGGAAUUUUCGCUUGGCGUUCCGCAGACUGCUGAAGACCCGAGUCCACCCGGACAGUCACACCGAGGAGCGGAAACAUCGGAAUAGUCUACAGACCUAUGCUGCCAUUCUGAGACGGCCACGUUCGGUGUCAGUGAUUAGUGAUCCAACCUAUGAUCGUAGCCAGCUCGGCCUCCAGACGUUCGGAUCCCUUUUAUCACUAAGAGGAGGCGCUGCACUAGUUGAUAUGGAUGGGGACCAGUGUCCGGGCAACAGUAGCCGGCCCAAAUCUAGCCCAAGCAAUCCGGCAUCCUCCGGACAGUAUUUACAGGUUCCCGAGGCGGUGGUGGGGCCGGUGCCAAGACUGGGUGGGGGACAGUUCUGCCGGUAG